CAGGUGUAUCUCCCCGUGUCCCCAGGUGUGUCAGUGUCCCCAGGUGUGUCCCUGACGGGUGUCCCCCCCGUGUCCCCAGGUGUGUCCGUGUUCUCUCUGGCUGCCCUGCUGCUGCCCGAGUCCUUCCCCCAUUACCUGGCGCAGGUGCGGGCGCUGAGCCUGGGCCCCGCCCUCGUCUGCUCGGCCAAGUUCCUGCUGGCCCUGCCCUUGUGCUACCACACCUGGAACGGCGUGCGCCACCUGGCCUGGGACCUGGGCAAGGGGCUGAGGCUGCCGCAGGUGACGCAGUCGGGGCUGCUGGUGCUGGCCCUGACGCUGCUGUCCUCGGCCGGCCUGGCCGCGCUGUGACAGCGGCAGCCCCGCGAUUCCCGGCAUUCCCGGAAUUCCUCCCGCCCGGGAAGGUGACACUGCCUCCCCCUGCCCAAAAACCCGGGAUGAGCAGGGCUGCCCCUGCUCCCUGCCAGCAGCGCUGCGUGUCCCCCGUGGUGUCCCCCGUGGUGUCCCCCACGUGGCCCCACGUGUCCCCGAGGCCGGGACAAUGCGGGAUCUGUGUCCCCACGAGUGGGCUUGGCAAUGGGGCCGGGAAUGGGGUGGGAUCGCAGCGGGACAAGGAGCUCCAUUGAGGCAGCGCCCCAGGGGCGUGGGUGACAGGUGACACCGCGCUGCCACCCCGC